GAGCCGCCCCUAUUCAAACUAUCUCCCGAAACACAUUCUUCGGGGGAGAGAGAGAGAGAGAGAGAGAGUGAGAACGAAGUUCAGGCUAUGGCGGCAUCGAAUGGGAGCGAGUACUUCGAGAUUGGAGGAGCGGAAGAGUCCUUUGGAAGACCUUCGAAUGCGGAAUCGGUGGCGGAGGACGAGGAGGAGCUGCGAUGGGCGGCUAUCGAGAAGUUUCCCCCGCAUCAGCGGACGAACUUCGCGUUGUUGAGGCGGAUUCCGUCGGAGCAGGGGAAAGAGGACUCUAAGACAGAGACGAUCGACGUGCGGAAGCUGGACCGUUUUAGCCGUGAGCUUGUUGUGAGGAAUGCCUUGGCGACCAAUGAACAAGACAACUAUAGGUUGCUCUCGGCCAUUAAAGAGCGCCUCGAUAGAGUCGGAUUGGAGGUGCCGACGGUGGAAGUGAGGUACGAGAACUUGAACAUUGAGGCCAAUGUUCAAACCGGUUCAAGAGCUUUGCCUACUUUGGUUAAUGCUUCUCGUGACGUCAUUGAGCGAAUUUUAACUAGUCUACGGAUAUUUCGACCAAAGCGACACUCCUUAACCAUCCUGAACAACAUCAAUGGUGUCGUGAAACCGGGAAGGAUGACUUUGCUCUUGGGACCUCCAGGUUCUGGCAAAUCCACCUUGCUUUUAGCUCUCGCGGGGAAACUUGACAGCAACUUAAAGCCACAGAAACAGGUGCACUAGCUGGAGCCUGAUGUGCCAUGGAAGUGUGAGUGAGUAGACGCUACUCCUCACGAAGAAGUUCACCCAAACAAGCAUCUAGAGAUGGAGCACGAUUCAUUAGAUUAGGGCGUGCAAUGUCAAAGUCGGGUCGUAGCUUCAUCAAGAAUUGAUCUCUUUGGCUGGUUGCAUGCACUACUUGGACAACAACGAGAGCUGCAGGGGGAACACUAGCAUAAACAAUAUCA